UAGUCCCUACUCCUUACUGAUUCGCGUCCCGUGACUUGAUUCGGUAAGAAGGUGCCAGACGCGAUUCAAAGCGAAGGGAAGGAGAAGCCGCUCCCAAUUCCGUGUCCUUCACUUCGCUUCCGAUCCCUUCUUCCUGUUGUUCGAUGUGAAUCGGAGAGAUUGAGCAUGAUCCAUGGGUUGAUCGAUUGCUGGAUUGCCCAAAGUACUUUUGCGUUUCGAUUCCCAAAUCUCCUUCUGUGUUUAUGAAUCUUCUCCUCGCCUUGAUCGAUUCGGAUGCGAAGGAACCUUAUCAGUUUCUCAUCGUUCGCGCUUUAUUCUGCCUCCCUUUCCAUCGGAAAGAUUUCUUCUUCUGCCUCCCCAGAGAUCGAUGGGAUAAGGAGUUCGCGAAAUUGCAGGCGGGGUAACUAGAUAUUCGACCUAUUUUGGAUAUUACUACUAGAUAUUUUUUUGAUUGGUUUGGAUCGGAGAGAUGGAUACAUCCCAAGAGUCGACGAUCAGCUCCGCCACAGCGGCGGCGGAAGUUGAGUUCUCUGUGGUGGACGAGUUGCCGGUAUAUGUUAAGGAGUUAAUCGCCGGAGGGGCUGCUGGGGCUUUCGCCAAGACAGCGGUGGCACCGCUUGAACGGCUCAAAAUACUGAUGCAGACCAGAACUGAAGGGUUUAAAUCUCUGGGGAUUCUAGAAUCUUUGAGGCAGUUGAAACAACAUGAGGGUUUUCUGGGAUUUUACAAGGGCAAUGGUGCUAGUGUUCUCCGGAUCAUUCCUUAUGCAGCACUGCACUACAUGACAUACGAGCAGUAUCGCUGCUGGAUAUUGAACAACUACUCUUCAUUGGUUUCAGGACCAUUUGUGGAUCUUUUGGCUGGUUCUGCUUCUGGUGGUACUGCUGUUUUAUGUACCUACCCUUUAGAUUUAGCUCGUACAAAGCUUGCUUAUCAGGUAAACAACCCAGGGAAACUUGGAAACGAAGCAAGAAUGUUUAAUCCAAAGACUUCUUAUACUGGUAUUGUGGAUGUGUUUAAGAAGGUCUACAUGGAAGGUGGGAUGCGUUCUCUAUUUCGAGGAGUAGGUCCUACUCUUGUUGGUAUCAUUCCUUAUGCUGGUCUGAAGUUUUACAUUUAUGAAGAUCUAAAGAGUCGUGUUCCUGAACAGUAUGAGAAGUCUGUGGUUCUACGCCUGUCAUGCGGGGCUUUAGCUGGUUUAUUUGGACAGACUCUCACCUAUCCGCUUGAUGUCAUUAGGAGACAAAUGCAGGCAUUAUAUCUCACCUGUUUGCCUUGUAUAUUCUUUUGCUCGAUUUGCUGUUUCUUGGUAUCAUAUGCUUAUUGUUAUUAUAAUAAUAUGAAGGUUGGGGUCUCUGAUCAGUAUUUUUUAUGUUUCAAGGUCCAAACUCAACAACUAAAUCAUUUAGGUGGUCCAUGCAUCAAUGGCACAUUGCAAGGGUUUUCUUACAUUCUCCAGACUCAAGGAUGGAGACAACUUUUUGCUGGACUAAGCCUUAACUACAUCAAGGUCGUUCCUUCUGUGGCAAUAGGUUUCACUGCAUAUGACUCGAUGAAGACUUUGCUAAGAGUACCCCCUCGGGAAAAACCAUCUUCAGCAUCUGCUGCUUCUACCUGAAGGAUUUCUACAGCAGGGAUCCUGAGUGUAAUGCUACUCGAGCAUCAAAGGGUAGAAUGUUUUGAAAAAAAUUAAUGAUUUGUAAAGUGUUAUUAGCAUCUCAUUAAUGGAAUAUUUGACUAUCCAGCACAAACUACCAUUCAUUCAUUGAGUUGGAGUCACAGCUGAAUGAUUAUAUUGUAUGAUAUUUCUAUCUUUCAGUAUCAGUUCAACAGUACGAGUUCACCGAUAUGACAUUCAGCAAGAGAUCUAGAUAACAGAAAUUGUGAUUAUUGAAUUA